AUGGGAAUUGCCCAAUUGGCCGAAAAUCGAGCUUCAUCUCUCUUACGGACAACAAAUAAAAAGCCAAAUACUGAACGUGACCAAAUGAUUCCACUUUGGCACAACUACAUUGUGAUGGGCUGUUGUAUCGCGCCUAGCUCUACCGGAGUCCGCGUGCUUGAACCAUUAUCCGUUGGCAGGUCCUCAUCUUUGUCGGUCCGAAAUGUUAAGCAAAACCAAAUGCAUCAGCGCUCACCACAAUACUGCCAGUUUCAACCUUCUGUACAACAACCAAAUCUGCAACAGCAGCAGCAUUCACAUAAAUAUCACCUACAAAAACCUCAGCCCCACCACAGACCAGAGUGA